CCAAAUCUCAGGUGAAAAAUGUCAUUUUGACUCUCUUCUGGUUGAGCUGACACAGAAUGACCCUGUAUGAACACAUGGAGGUGUGUGUGUGUCCUCACUGACUGUGUGUGUGUGUGUUUGAUUGAUUGAAUGUGGCGUGUUUUGUCCUCAGGCGUAAACUCUCCAUCCUCCGUCUCAUCUCGUGUGACUGAGUCACUGCGCUCUCCAGCACAACUAUAAUAAUAAUCUGCACUGUUUCCAGCUGAAAGCAGAGAUGCAGGAGGAGGAGGAGGAAGAGGGGGAGGAGGAGAUGUGCAGCUCUCACUAGAGAGAGAGAGACGGACACACACCUGACGGAGCCGCUGCAUUCAGCAUGUUUGGCAUGAUCAGAAACUGGCUGUUCGGAGCCACUGAAGAGAGCGAGUAUAAACUCCUGAGCACCGAGAGCAAGGAUGGUGUGAGUUACGAGGUGCGGCGCUACGAUGCGUGUAAGUACGUGUGUCUGAGUCUGGAGGGGCGGAGCUUCGAUCAGGUGUCAGGUGAGCUGCAGCGGAGGCUCCUCACCUACAUGAGCGGCGGGAACGAACAAGGUGAGGUCAUGAACACACCUGUCCCUGUCAUCUUCACCGUCUUUCCGCGUGACGAUGGUUCGUUGAACCGCCGUCUGGUCGCCGCUCUGCGUAUCCCAUUAAGCUUCCAGAUCAGCCCGCCCACCCCAACGGACACUUCCAUACGGAUCGAGGACCGGCCUGGGAUGACUGUAUAUGUCCUGCAGUUUGGUGGUUUUGCAGGUGAGAGUGAGUUUCGUUCCGAAGCGUCGCGCCUGACGUGUACGCUGGGAGACUCCGCCCCCUUCCAGCGCAAACAGUACCUGUGCUGCAGCUACGACCCGCCAAUCAAACCCUACGGACGGCGGAACGAAGUCUGGUUCCUGCAGGACGAGCCCUGAGAUACUCCCAAGUCGAGUCAGCUUUAUUUCUACAGUGAUUUAUAUGAUUGUUUUACAGAUUAUAAAGAUGGUUUCAAAGCAACUUCACAGUAAUAAAAUGAUGCAAACUUCAUCAAA